AAGAGCAGCUACUAGCUAGCGUUCAUCACGUCCACAGUGAAAAAACUUCCGAGGCAGGCGGCUGCUCACACGAGUGUUAAUGACGAAGCACCAGGCAGCUCUUUAUACCACGCGUGGACAUUUUCUCGUCGAACUGACACAGUUUGAGCUCCGUUUUUUUGGGGGCCAUUAAUUAACUGCAAGCACCUGGAAGGACGGGCCUUAAAAUAGAGGAGACCAAAACAAGCAACCAUCAGUACACCAAGCUUUCACUAGCUCUUCUUCGGCAUGAAUCUGCUCUUUCUGACUGGAUGAAAUGCCUUGACCUUGCCUCUGCCGCACCAUGGCAGGUUUAGUCUCUUUUGUGGGAUUGGUGCUGAUGGUCAAGGCUCCUAUGAACAUCCAAGGCCACCAUGCACUGCUCCUGGGGAUGACAGUGUUGGUAACACUGAUCGCAGCUGACUCACCUGUUGCAGAUAAGUUGCCUUUAGACUCAACACACCACCCCAUGGGAGAUGAUACAAGUUCAACAGGAUCAUUACCAUCUGGCUUACCAAAUGCACAUUACACUACCUUUGAGGAUCUAGAUCCUGGUGCCCUGCCAUCUUUAAGUGAACCUGACUAUGAAGCUACAACUGCUGUCAUGGGCUCUAACCCAAAAUUCGAGGUACUGGCUAAUCUAUCAACGGCCUGGAAGCUGGCCAGGACAGAUUCUGCCAAGCAGUCUUCCUCUACUUCACCAACUCUCAACUCUCACUCGCACAUAUCCUUAACACGCUCAACCCUCUCCACUGUGAGGUCAGCAACGCCUCAGCUCCAUCUUAAUUCUGAACUGAAAGCUCCAAAAUCAACCCUAACAUCUUUCAGCAUGCAGCAGAAUGUUGGGUCAAAGCAAACACAGACAGUCAUUAACUCACAACCCAGUCAGCCUAUUGAACUCCCUAAUCUGGCUUUUACUGACUCACCAUCAGAUGAACCUUACAGUAAAGUAUUGGAUAUGAACCAUUUUAGCCCCAGCAGGGCCCCACUGCAGGAGAAUAAACUGACUCAUGACAUGAACAUCCCACACAGCUCAGAAUUUUUGGCCCCUGGCUACAAUGUGCCCCACUUCUCCCCCCACCCGACAUCACAUUUAUCUGAACCCACUGAGGUCACUCCAGAGGACUUUUACCCCACCAAAACAAUGGAAGUGGACUGGGGUUCUGGGGACUACUUGGAGACAAUGUCAGUCUUGGAUUCAGAUGGAAACAACUACCCUCUGGUCACAAAGGUGCCCUCUGAUUCUGAUGAUGAAGAGGACUAUACAGAAACCUAUGACACAUCUUUCCCUUCCAGAUUGGGCAUAUCUCCUUCCUCCUUGCAUCUUCAUCACAUCCAAUCUUCUCUCAGCCUCAUGACAGCUUACUCCUCCGUUGUGCCUCUAAAAUCCAUCCACCCUUCCUCUUUUUCCUCAACAAUUCACUACACACUGGAACCUACAGCCACAGCUCACAGUGAUAUACCUGAUGCAUCGGAUAUAGAUUGGCCUGAUACUGUGACAAUCCAACCAACAGACGUGCUUUUACCAGACAUGAACAGCUUGGAGUAUUAUACCAUUCAGUUGACCAAGGAGAACAAUAGUUCGGACGCUGGUGCUGAACACAGAGGGAACAUUACUAUCGUGUCUAUUACAACUACAGACACCACGCCCACCAGCAGCUCCACCGAUGAUGCCAAACCGACUGAGGAAGAGUCUUCCAGUGAUCUGUCAGGGUUUGAGCCUUAUGAUGAAUUCACCACAGUGGAGACUCCUCAACUGGCCAAUGUCUCUGAGCCUUUACUGGAUCCUUCAAUAGUCCCAAGUUACUUCUUUGAUCCCACUUCCUCCAUGUGGGGUGGUAAGGUAUCCACCACAGACUGGUCUGCGUCUGCUCUUUCUGUUGGCCUGGACAGUCCUGCACUAACGGAACCUCUACUACCACAUGUCACACCUUUUUUGCCAGACUAUGUAAUGUCAUCCUCCUCUUUGACAGACGUCCACUGGUUUGUUACAGAGCCAUUUGAACAAAGUACCAUACACACCACUCCUGUCUUAACUGCAACCAUAGACUUCUCUCCUGUUUUCACUGAACCUUUUAUUAACACAACUGCUGAAACAACAGACUUCACUCCCCAAGAUUCUACUUUCACAACUGAACAAACUCAAAAUAUCACAUCUAAUGUCACUUUCGGACCCCCAGUCCUUUUGGGUGAUCAGGGGGUGACUGAAGAAGGAGUUGACAUCUCAGCCACAAUGACCUUGAUCCCAACCAGCAGCGAAGCUGAUACAGUCUCUGCUCUUCCCUCAACUCCUGCCACCACGACUUCUCAUCAAGCUACAACUAUCACUGCCACCAAUGAAGCCUCAACUAACAUCAGUGUCAUCUCUACCACCGGUGAAAUGACCACCACAACAACAGCAGCACCACCGUCAAGACAUUUCCUCUGCAAUGUUGACGGUUCUGCUUAUUUGAUAAAAAUUGGUUUUCCCUCUGGGGCCACUGUUGGACAUGCUAAGUCUCAAAUCAGAGAUAUACUGAAAAUGGAAUUCAACAAGUCAGUGGAGCUGCAGGUUGUGGACCCUCCACCAAAGUUUGUGUUUCGGGUGGUGUCUGGUCCAGUUGUGUACACAGCCAUAUCUGUCGUCAACACUCUGCGAAGGUCGAGGCGGCGCUUCCUGUAUGUGUCUCCCAACUGGACGACGCCUGAUAGAAAAUAUCAUGUGCACACAGUGCUCCAGUUUGUUCCCAGUCACAUAGAUGUGAGGCACUGCAACUUCAGUGGAAGCAUUGAGAAGGGGUUGACCAUGGCCUUUGCCGAAGUGCGUCGCCGCUCAAAGGAGUCAACAAACUUCACAGUGCACAUUAUAAACAUCACAAUGGCGAUUCCAAAAUAUCAGGAACAACGAGUCCUGAGGCAACCUGUGGACAUCACCUUCACUGUCCGCGGGUCAAGAGGUUAUCUGAUAGGGUCAGAGGUCAGCAAUGCUCUGAUGAAGCUCACCAUGGUAGAGUUCAGCUAUUACAUGGGUUUUCCUGUACUGCAGAUUGCUGAACCUUUCCAUUACCCAGAGUUGAACACCAGCAAGUUGCUUCGCUCCUCCUGGGUUAGAACAGUGUUACUGGGUGUGCUUGACCAGGAAGUGGGCGAAAGAACUUUCCAGGCCAACAUGGAACGUCGUGUGGCCAUGUUACUUGGGGAGGCAAAGGAACCAGUCAAACGUGUUAAGAGAGCCACCACCAUGGGCAAUAGCAGCGUACAGGUUGUAAGUACGAACCGGCUUGUGGGUGACGACCACCCGUUGGAGAUGCUGUAUUUUGUGGAGGAUCUCAGUGGUCAGAGAGUUCCUGCUGUCCAAACGGCCAGCCUGCUCAACAACCUGGAUGUUCAGCGGGCUGCCAUCAUCUUGGGAUAUCGUGUCCGGGGCAUUUUAGCUGAGCCUGUAGAGAAAGUGACCACUUUACCCUCAAACACCGAGAACACCAACGUGUGGAUCAUCAUCGGCGUGGUGAUCCCGCUCCUUGUCGUCGUCAUCAUCAUUUCAAUCCUGUACUGGAAACUGUGUCGGACGGACAAGCUGGAAUUCCAGCCAGACGCCAUGACCUCCAUGCAGCAGCAGAGACAGAAGUUGCAGGCUCCCACUGUGAAAGGCUUUGACUUUGCCAAACUGCACCUUGGCCAGCAGAGUAAGGAUGAAAUCAUGGUGAUCCAGGAGACGGUUCCGCCAGGGCCCGGGUCCCUCCCCAUGUCCAUUAAAGAUGGCUUCAGCCCAUCUGAGAAUGGCGACAUCCCCACACCCUUAACCAAAACCUCAGCCUCUCCCACCAAGGCAUCCCGGGGCGACCGCAGGCGAGAAAGGAUCUCGCCGUCAGACGUUGACUCGGUGGUAAGUGACCGUUCGAGUGAGCAGGAAUCAACUGAGGAGAACCUGAGAGCGCACGCCACGCCCAGCGACAACAGGCAGACCCGCAAGGUCCCCAUCAAUGUUUUAAAUGGCAAGAAUAGAAUUGGUCCUCCGCCGAUGAACAGCGCACACGAACAGCUGUCGUCAGCCACCAUCUUUGACCACGUUGACCGCAUGACUCGUGCCACGGACGCAAGCAGGAGACUCCCCAACAAAGUCCAGCUUAUCGCCAUGCAGCCCAUUCCAGUCCCGCCACUGCACAGCCCGCCCGUCAACAGCAAACUGUCCGACACCAACCAAAUUAACAAAGAGAUCCAAGUGGCUUUAAGGCACAAGUCAGAAAUUGAGCAUCAUCGUAACAAAAUCCGUCUACGGGCAAAGAGGAAGGGCCACUAUGACUUUCCCGCUAUGGAUGACGGUGGCCCCGGAGAUGUUAAGGACCAGGAUAGAAUCUAUCAGAAAGCACAGAUGCAGAUAGAUAAGAUCCUGGAUCCAGACGCACAGAUGCCCCCCGUCUUUAUAGAAUCCAAGAAAAGUGGUCGAGGGAGGCGCUCACCCAAACAGAGGAUGAAGGAGCAGCUGAAUGGAGGCGUAAUGGAUGCAGACAAGGACCACCUUAUCACUGACGACAGCGAUGCUGCUUACAGGAAGUGUCCUGGGGUCAACAAUGUGGCUUACGUAUCGGACCCCGACCAAGGACCAGGUUCCCCUCACAGGAGCCCAUCCCCCACUGAUGAUGUCUUCCUCGGUCCGACUUCCUCUCCUCCAGGUCAUGCCCCUCCCCCACCGCCCUACAUGCCUCCACAGCCCUCUAUUGAGGAGGCACGGCAGCAGAUGCACUCCCUGCUGGAUGACGCCUUCGCCCUUGUAUCGCCCACCUCCCAGAGCAGCACAGCAGGAAUCACACUCCCGGGAGUCAACAGCAACCCCCCUAGCUCUAGCCCUCCAGGCCGAGGCCCCAGACCCUGGGGCCCCUCCUACCAACCUCUUGGCCCUUUCCCUAGUAGGUUCACUGAGCUGGUGAUGUCUCCUCCUUCAGUCCAAGGCCUGACACCAAGGCAGGGUCUUGGAUCCAGCUACCUGCCACCAGGCGAAGCAGCAUGCCUCGGCGAUCCGUUCCAGCCGGACAGCCUGUACUCCAGCAGGAGCCUUUACGCCGAUGAGCUGCCGUCAUCGACAAGACCGAGACCAGUCGGGGGAACCGCAGGUGCCCAGUUCCAUCAUCUUACACAGGUGGGAUUGUCCAGUCGGAUGAAUGGUUACCCAGCGGGGGGGCGGCCUGCUCCAGGCCAGAAUGGAGGCAUUGGCUGGAACCACUACCAUGAUGACAACUUCUCUAGAGCAGAGGCUGAAAAAGAGGCAUUCCGGGACUGUCCUGACUACUCAUCCUCACAUAUCUUCCAGAUGCCUAGAAGUGGUAUCAGGGAGCCUACAGCACCCCCUGCCCACCUCGAUCCCCCAGUGGGGGGAUACAUGUCAGCCCCACCGCCUCUGGAAAUAUCUCCUCCUACUCCCUCUUCUGCCUCCCUGAUCAAGGCCAUCAGGGAGGAACUGUUGCGUCUCUCCCAGAAACAGGCAGCUAUGCCCAGCUAUCACAGCUGAAGUCCCGGGCUCCACUCUGUAGCUCCAAACAGUCAAUGUCACUGUCCCUGCCUGCGUGCUUUGCCUAUUGUGACAAUGCUUCCCAUGGAAGUCUCUGAAGGUGUACAGCAGAGAGGUCGUCCUGCUAAACUGAGGUAAAGAAAGUGGCUCGUUGACAUUUCUACGUGAGGCCUCCUCACGACAAAACACUGAAUCUUGAUACCGCUCGACACAGGACUGGGAUCAGCUGCAGCUGUGUGUGUGAAAUGAGAAAGACAGUGUUGUAAAAUGAAGAACAGUAUUCCAUAUUCUUGACCUUUUAGGAUGUGAUGAAAGGACAUGUCUUUGUUGCUUCACCGUGGAAGGAUCACACCAAGCUCUGUCUGUUGUAGAUCCACAUGUUCUCUUCUUUUUUCUUUUUUUUUUUUAUGCAUUUCUUCAGACUCAGUAUUCUGUGUCAUGGUUUCCCUCCCGUGCUGCCUUCACUUAACAGAUGUACCACAUGUAAAAAACAAACAAACUUUGUGUUGGUUUACGUACCAUAUGUGUUGUUUUGGCCCUUAACCUCUUUCUAACCAUCAGGUGCUACUUCAUGUUUUCUGCCGUGAUGAGCCAUGCCAUGCCUUGACAACGACCCAGACUACUGUACGAGCCUAGAGUGAGGUCAAAGUUCACAGUCAGUGAGUCAGUUCAGAAAGUAGGUACAAUGGGGAAUCUGCUAAUAUAUCUGUCCUAAACCUGAUCCUUUUCGUUCCUUACUUACUUACUGCAGUAGCACAGUUAACCAGAGUUAAUGUUUUAGGACCUUGUGGCCUAUAGUUUUUUUUUUUUCAUGUUGAAGUCCUGUGUUGUACCUUGUUUUUAUUUAUGUUCAGUAGCUAACGGACAGCUAGACAAACACACGUGAUGUGUUACAAGUAUUUGAUAAGGAUGGGCAUUUCCAGCAAAAUUGCUAUUGGAAAAAUGAAGUCAGGCAGUCAGAAAUUAAUCAUCUCUCCUUGUAACAGUUAAUUAUAUGUGAGCCGUAUAGUGCAAAAAGAUUCAAGUUGUCUAUUCUACGCCUUGACUCUUUCAGAUCCAGCAGCAUGUGCUUUCAUCAAACUAACAUCACCGCGGUGUUUAUAAGGGUGGAGGAAAAAAGCGUUGUUUCAGACAUAAUGUAGUCAACUCUAAGAAAACCAAAAUCAACAACCUCCAGAGCAUGAGAGCGAGUGAAAUUAAUGCAGGGUCAACAUGGUGGGUGGAGCUAAAAUGUAGAGCAGCUAACGAAAUGCAUUCAGAGACUCUGGUAAAUGUCGGGUUCAUAGUGUGUUGAACCUUUAGCAGUGACUUGUGUUCGAGAAACCCCUGAAAUUGAAUCACAUCUGGAAAGACACAUUGGGCAGCCCAUGUAAAAGAGGAAAGGAUUUGGGCUUGUAACCGGAGGGUCACGUGUUCAAAUCCUGGGACUUGUCAAGGGCUGGGGUGCCUCUGAACAAGGCACAUGAUCAGUGAGUAGAGAGAAAAAAAAAAAGAUUCUAACAUUCAUUCCCACACUAAAUGCUUGCUGCUGCUGCCACCUGGUGGUAAUAGAUACACCCCAAAUUAGGUUGUUAUUGCAGAUUUUCAGUUUUGUAUGUUUUUAUAAUAUACUCGAGAAUAGUCUCAUUAACUGAUCGACUUUUUAUAACCCAGCAAAUAAUCAAAUAUUCAUGCCCAUCCCUAAUAUUAAAGAAAUAUUAACAGUAUGUGCUUGACACUUAUGUACAGUUAGGACUGUAUGUAUACACAGUAUUUGGUAGUACUUGAUGCACUGUAUGCGGACUACUUGGUAUAGCUCAGGUCUCUCAAAAAAAAGAGAUUGCAAAUGGACAAAUCAGUAAAAAGAAAAAGACAGACGGAUAAUGUUAAUGGAGAGGAGUCAUUCUGUUUUCACAUGAUCCUGUAUUGAUGAUUUUCUGAAAUUACCAACUGUAUUUCAUGCAGUAUUUAAUGUUUACUUUGCCUUUUUCUUCGACAGCACAGGAAGCAGAAAGCUGUACUGUAUUUGUUGUCUCCGAUGGUUUACGUCAACAAGUUGCGUUUAUGUUCUUUUUCAAUGUUAUUUGGAUUUACCUUCUUUGCCUCAGUUGAUUUAUUAACUUUAAAUGUCUCUCUCAAUCUCCGUUACCUUUUUUUCUCUCCUGAUAUUUUGUGGCAUUUUUGGGGCCUGAAGUUAUAUUUUGUCCAGAUGAAAUAAAACAGAAACCUAUUGACUUUAAAGGCAGCGCCUGGAAAUAUGUCUUUGGACUGUGUUACCAGUGCUAUGUGGUGGCUCAUGAAGUUGCUUUUCACAUUUUCAUGUGCCUGUUAGAAUCUCCUGAACAGAUUCAGUGCAUUAAGGUUGUAAUUACAGCCUAAAAGACAACAGUCAUUAAAAAUGAAGAAACAUCCAGGUCACAGUAACCCAGAAAAUAGUAUUGUUAUUAAUCUUUGCUUUAGGAGGAGUUGAGUUAGAUUCUAGUGGCCCCCUCUCACCUCAUUGUUCAUGUUUUGUAACCAUUCUCACACUGUAUGCCUCCACCUACUGGCUCUGUACUGUAACAACAGCCCAUCUAAUUGUUUUCAUCCUCACAUGCUUUUUAUUGUACUGUUUCAUUGUUUUGGUUUUUCUCUUUUUUCUCUUUAUCAUACUUUAUGAAACGGAUCUGUUGGCUGGCCCAACGUUACAUUUGAUCGAUGCUGCAUGUUCAGUUGUUUGUUUGUUUUUUAUCUUUUGUUUGUUUGUGCGCAUGCUGUUCUACAUUUUGGUGAAAUACAAAAGGAAAACAAUCA